AUGAUGAUAAUAAGUGAAACAGUUGAGGAACAUACAGUGGACAUAAUGGAGCAGCUGAUUUCACUGGUGGAGCAGCAUCCUCCAUUGUACAAUUUCCAAUUACCAUUGGCAGAACGUUCAAAAACAAUAAAAGACAUGCUUUGGAAAGAUAUAUAUGAAGCUAUGGGAGGCUGCAUUACACUACAAGAACUUCCAAAGAAAUGGAAAGCAUUGAGAGAUCGAUACCUGAGACUGAAGGGAAAGAAGCAGCCAUCAGGCUCUGGUGCAACAGCAGAUCAUUAUUGGAAAUAUUAUAAACAGAUGGAUUUUGUUGACCUGGCAGCUGAAACUCAGGAAACAACAUCUAGUAUCCCACCAGAUCCUACAACCCCUACCAGCAUACCCCAAUCAAGUCUAUCAUAA